GGAGGUGGUGCGGCCAGGCCCAGCUGCAGGGCGGAGGCGGAGGAGAGGCCUGCGGCGGCAGGAGCGGCCGGGCCGGGAGCGGGCGCCGGAUCCGAGCCGAGCCGGAACGGGCGGCCAAGGCCGGCGCGGCGAGCAGCAACCAUGUCGGUGUUUGGGAAGCUGUUCGGGGCUGGCGGGGGAAAGGCCGGCAAGGGCGGCCCGACCCCCCAGGAGGCCAUCCAGCGGCUGCGGGACACUGAGGAGAUGCUAAGUAAGAAGCAGGAGUUCCUGGAGAAGAAAAUCGAGCAGGAGCUGACGGCCGCCAAGAAGCACGGCACCAAAAACAAGCGCGCCGCCCUCCAGGCGCUGAAGCGCAAGAAGAGGUAUGAGAAGCAGCUGGCACAGAUCGACGGCACGCUGUCCACCAUCGAGUUCCAGCGGGAGGCCCUGGAGAACGCCAACACCAACACCGAGGUGCUCAAGAACAUGGGCUACGCCGCCAAGGCCAUGAAGGCUGCCCACGACAACAUGGACAUCGAUAAAGUCGAUGAGUUGAUGCAGGACAUUGCUGACCAGCAGGAGCUUGCAGAGGAGAUUUCCACAGCUAUCUCUAAACCUGUAGGCUUCGGAGAAGAAUUUGACGAGGAUGAACUCAUGGCUGAAUUAGAAGAGCUAGAACAGGAGGAGCUAGACAAGAAUUUGCUGGAAAUCAGUGGACCCGAAACAGUCCCUCUACCAAACGUUCCUUCUAUAGCCCUACCAUCAAAACCCAGUAAGUACCGCUUACCUGGACUGGGCCAGACCAAAGCCAGGAGCCGGGAGUCUUAUUCAGCCAAGAAGAAGGAAGAGGAGGACGACGACAUGAAGGAAUUGGAAAACUGGGCCGGAUCCAUGUAACUGGGCCAGCUCAGCUGGGCCCAGACAGACUCUGAUGGCCUGUGCAGCGGGCAGGCGUGUGCGUGUGGGGGCAGGCACGGCGUGGUGCAGGCCAGCUCCACCAUUCUUGAAUCUCACUCCAAAGCAGUAGGGCUGCAUCGCUGCUCACCCUCACAUCGCAUGGCCUGCACCCCACGGGACGGGCAAGGGAGGGGGGCGGGCGGGUGGGAGGUGCCUGCUGUUUAUAAUGUUCAAUUUCUGUAAAAUAAACUGUAUUUGCAAAUCCAA